AUGACGCAGCUUUUGAGAUGGACAGAGCAUCGUCCUCUUGCUCUCGUUGUGGAUCGCUAUACAUCUCACAUAUCUGAUGGCGCCGUCAACUUUGCUCUUCAGCAUGACAUAGAUUUAAUUUUUGUACCAACGAGGGCCACUGAUGAUUACCAACCCUUGGAUCGUAGGGUAUUUGGUGCACUAAAAAACAUUGGACAAGCAAUCUGUGCUGAUUUGAUGUUUGAAGAUGUAAUUUCAUUUACAAAAGCUGAAGCUGCUGACAUUUUUAUGCGCAGUUGGAGAAGACUCAAUAAGAGAACCAUCAAAUCAGCAUGGGCGAUUUCCAAUACCGACUUUGCUGAGUUAAUUGCAUCUGAAGACGACGAGGAAGAAGACCUGGAUGAUGGUGAAUUCGAAGAACCCGCUACCUCUACAUCUGAAUCCGAUGAUUCUAAUGCUACAGAUUGA